AUGGAGCCUUGUUCAGACCGGCUAAGCCCGUCGAGCGACUCUACCAGUGAAUCAGAAACAUCCUUCCCAUAUGACAAUUUUUACCCACAACAUGACAUAAAUGAUAAACUGUAUUUUCCAUGCAAACAAAAGUCGCCUAAAAACGAUGAAAAAAUCAAAGAGAAUUAUUUACAAGAGAGCAACAAGUUUGAAAACUACCAAUCGCCACAGAGAAAUAAAAAAUAUUUAAAUUUCGAACUGAAGCUACCGCAAAAUGAUAACUUUUUCAGUCAAAUAGAAACAGACGAUCGUUCUAUGCGUUCUGUUUACUUUAACGAAGUUCCAAAUUUAAAGAGCUGUCAGAAUGAAAAUAAUCCUAACUUGCCAGAUGCGAAAAUUAGCAAUCAACAGAUAGCUUUCGAUGGUGCAAAUAAUAUGAAUGUUAAUAAUAACAGAGACAAGCAGUCGUUUUUUUAUGAGAAUGAAAGCGGGAACGUAAGGAGGUGUUUGAAUUUCAAUUCGGAACAGGUGCAAUGUGUUUGCGAGGCGUUGCAACAAAAGGGAGACAUAGAAAAAUUAGCUGCGUUUCUUUGGAGCUUACCACCCAGUGAACUCCUCAGAGGGAAUGAGACAGUUUUGAGGGGAGUUUUCCAAGAGUUGUACUCAAUAUUGGAAACGCACACGUUCCCACCACGACAUCAUACUGCACUACAGAAUCUAUGGUUCAAGGCGCACUAUGAUGAGGCGGAGAAGGUCAGAGGCAGGCCUCUGGGUGAGUAGAUUUAACUUCCUUUCGUUUAUUUUCUGCAAAUGUUAUCGUAAAGAUAGUCAACACUUUAAAUACAAAGCUUUAGGACAAAAUUCUUGUUACUAGAUCACAAAAUAAAAAAAAAAUCUGUCAGCAUUUAUUUGUGAGGAAGAUAUUGAGCUCAUAAUAUUGAAUUUUAGGUAGGUACAAUAGUAAAUUGCAACAAUUUACAUAAAAAAUGAAUUGAAUUGAAGCCCAGGCAUUAUCCACCGCGAGGACUCAUGGUCGAAAGAGCUGUAGAUAAAUAUAGGUUAAGGAAGAAAUAUCCGUUGCCCAAGACUAUUUGGGACGGUGAAGAAACUGUUUACUGUUUUAAAGAGAAGAGCAGAAACGCACUAAAAGACUGCUAUUUUAGAAAUAGGUAUCCUACUCCUGACGAGAAGCGAGCGUUGGCCAAGAAGACCGGUCUGACCCUCACGCAGGUGUCAAAUUGGUUCAAGAACAGGAGACAGAGGGAUCGCACUCCACAGCAGCCUAACAGACCGUAAGUUAUCUAUACCAUCGUCAUCAGCCUUUUUGCCUCCCCACUGCAGGGCUCAGGCCUUACUUAUAAAUGGUUAAGGAAGACGGGCCAUGAUCCUCCACGCUCACACAAUGCGGAUGAGAGGGCCGAGAUAAUAACAAUAACAAUAAUUUUUGGUCACCCAUCCCAUGACCAACCCAUGCGAAAGUUGCUUAACAACAACGAUCGCGGGCCGCGGUGGUUAUCCACUACAACACCGUGCUACUCUAACAGUGUUAUAAAUAAAUAAGGUUUAGCAUCGGAGUAAAUUUACGCUGAGACUGGCACUUGGUAUUAGUCAAAAUUGAUAUUAUUAAACAGAGACAUAGCAAAGGUUCUACGGGAGUAAUAUUUACUUCUAGAAGGUAGUAAGUGUGCUUAUCAUCUGUAUAAUACUAAAAUUUUAACUUUAGCGUAAAUUUACUCUGACGCUAAACCAUGUUUUUUGAUAGCACUGUGUAAGAAUAUUACUUAAACUAGUACUGAAUUGAUUUUUUCUAUAUUGUCUCGUGUUUGGAUAUUGUAGUCGGUACCUACGUUGCCUGAGAUACUCCAUAAUUGAUUGCCCCCUUAAAUAUUUAUUUUAUUAGUUUUUAGUAGUUGUUUUAGUGUAGUUUUUAGUAGUUCUUUUAGUAUUUGUCGUUGAAGCGGCAACAGAAAUACAUCAUCUGUGAAAAUUUUAACUGUCUAACUUUCACGAUUCAUGAGAUAUAGCUUGGUGACAGACAGACAACGAAGUUUAGUAACAGGUCUCCCGUUUUACCCUUUUGGUACGGAACCUUAAUAAAAUUUUAAUAACACAGACGCUAUUUAAGCGAAUUACAACCACAUGGACAGUAACUGGCUAGAAAUGCUUGUACAAGCACAAUACACCGGACCACAAGGGGGUUUGGCUCAAGCUUUGUUGCCUAACGCCUACUACCACCAGCUGCAAGAUCCCUCGCAUUACCUGCACGGGAACGCACCCUAA